GAGUACACUUGCCCGAGAUGCGAGUCUGGCUUUAUCGAAGAAGUCACAGAUGAUUCCAGUUUUCUAGAUGGCAGCGGCAUAGACGACAGCCCAUCCACACAGUUCGCAGAGCUUUGGGACCAUUUGGACCACACAAUGUUCUUUCCUGACUUCAGACCCUUCCUGAGUAGCAGCUCACUGGAUCAAGACAGCAGGGACAACGAGAGGGGCCACCAAGCCCACGCCGACCUCUGGGGACCAAGCCGACCCCCCCGAUUGCCCAUGACGCGGAGGUACAGAUCCCGGGGCAGCUCCCGCCCCGACAGGUCUCCCGCUAUCGAAGGAAUAAUACAGCAGAUCUUUGCGGGGUUUUUUGCAAACUCAGCGGUUCCUGGCUCACAACACCCUUUUUCCUGGAGUGGGAUGCUGCACUCGAAUCCUGGGGACUAUGCCUGGGGACAGAGCGGCCUGGAUGCUAUUGUCACCCAG